AUGCAUGAUAGGAAAUGGUUGGUUUACUCUACAUAUGUUAAAAAGGUGUAUUGUUUCUGCUGUAAGCUUUUUAAAUCCCAUGGCAACAAGAGUUCGUUAGCAGGUAAUGGACUAAAAGAUUGGAAGCAUCUUAGCGAGAGGCUUAAAGAACAUGAAAAUGGUGCAGAGCAUAUUAAAAACAUGAACACUUGGAAUGAAUUUAGAGUCAGGCUAUCAAAAAAUAAAACAAUUGAUAGUGAUUUGCAGCAACAAAUCACAAAGGAGAAAGAACGUUUGAGGCAAGUGCUAAUAAGACUAGUGUCCAUUGUGAAAUUUCUUGCUAAACGAAACUUAGCUUUUCGUGGAUCUAGUGAAAAAAUUUACGAACACAACAAUGGUACUGUUACAAGUUCUAUCUUAAAAAUUGUUAAAGAGGCUAAAUAUUUCUCUGUUAUUCUUGAUUGUACUCCGGAUGUUAGCCAUCAAGAACAAAUGACUUUAAUUAUUAGAUGUGUUAACAUGUCCAACAACAAAAUUAAGAUAGAGGAGUUCUUUAUGGAAUUUCUAAAGGUGGAUGACACAUCUGGUUUGGGUCUUUUUAAUGUACUUCUUGAUGCUAUAGAGUCUUAUGGCUUAAAUAUUAAUGAUGUUAGAGGCCAAGGUUACGAUAAUGGUUCGAACAUGAAAGGGAAAAAGCAAGGGUUCGUGCAGUAA